UAUAGCUUUCAUUUUCUUCAUGUCUUCCUCUUCUUCUUCAUCAUCUUCCUCUUCUUCUUCUUCUUCUUCUUCACAAGGUGGCAAUGGUGGCAAUGGCAGAGACAAUGCUGGGACUAGUAGUAGUGCUGCAAGAAGAAGAGGUGGUGAUUAUGAAGGACCAUCUUCGUCUCGCCGACGUGCUGAUAACGAGAGAUGGCCCGAACCUUUCCUUGAAGUUCUCGCUGGCCAUGUUGCCACUGAUGCUUCUCGCACUAUUGGUCGCCUCGCUGCUGCUCCUGCCCUUGUGAAUGUCUUUCAGGUAUGUUCCACGUGGCGUGCUGUCUCUCGCUCGGAUCUUCUCUGGCAUCGACUAACCCGCCGUAUCUGGGGUCGCAACCAACUGCUUCGCAACACGUGGCGCGAGGAAUACGUGUACUGGCAUCAGACGGCCGGGAAUUUCCGUACGCGCAGGUCGGUCCAUGCCACACUGCAUUUCGAUCCAUCAGACGUGGAAGACCCAGACGGCCUCACGUGUCGGUGUCUCGCUCUCUCGGACACUCACCUCGCCUGCGGCUUCGCCGACGGCGCGGUACGGCUCUUCGACCUGACCACCCACGUCCACGUCAGCACGUUCCGGCCCCACCCUCGCGAUCAUCUCGGACGCUUCGCUCGUGCGAUCACCGGCAUAUUGAUCACCAACCACCAAAUCGUUUUCGCCACGCUGGACGGGGACAUCCACGUGGCGACCAUCGAGGAGCCGCCACAUUCACGCCGGGCCCAUCUAGGCGACGUUCUCAACGAUGGGGCUCUGGUCGAUUUCACUGGGUGCGGUCGCUGGUGGGUGGGCCUAUACGCGGGCGUUCCGGGUCGGGCUUUCCACGUAUGGGACGCGCUAACCGAAGAGCUCGUGUUCGUGGGCGGGUCUUUAACCGACCCGGAAGCAGUCAUGGGCUGGCACUUACUCACCGAUCUGUCCGAGUUCGUGGGCCGAGUCCGAGUGACGAGUCAGGAAUCGGCGGUGGCGUGCACAGCACGAAGGGUCUUCGUCUUUGAUCUGAGAAACCGAGAUGUGCUAGAGAAUUACACGAGACGGAUAUUGGUGACGUCGAUGGACGUGAGCAACACGGCUUACAUUAUCGUAGACCGAAGGGGAACAGCUAGCGUGCGCCGGGCGGGUACGUUUGAGGAGAUAUGCAGUUUUACAGUAGGGGCUGUGCAGAGAGGCGUGAUGGGGAGCAUGAACAGAGGGUACGCGCUAAUGUGCGUAAGGGGAGUGAUAAGGGUAUGGGAGGUAGAACACAACGGGGAGUAUCUGUACAGCUUCAAUGAAAGAAUCGGGGAAGUCAACGCAAUGGUGGCUAGCGAACGACACGUCGCAGCGUGUACAAGCGAAACGACAUUGCAUCUGUGGGACUUUGGAGCAGAGUGAAAAGAAAGAAAUAUCCAAAAAAAAAAAAAAAAAAGGAAAGUGCGUAUUGUUGGUUUUAAUUUUAAUUUCAAAUUUUUUUUUUGGGGUUUUAAUUUUUGUUAUAUUGAAGUUGAAUUAAUUUUAAUUUUAAUUUUAAUUUUCCAGUUGAACUUGAAGGGAAAGAAAUUUAAUUAUUGAAGAUGGGGACAAGUGGGGAGGGGGGUGCAGAGAGCAAAAAGGACGGGGGGAUGUGGGGUGUAUGUAGGUCAGGUAUGGAAGCAACUGAGGGAAAGUGUACUUUAUAUGAGAAGAAGGGGGAGGAGGGAUGAUAAGAUGUAUGAGGGACAGAGAGAGAGAGAGAGAGAGAGAGAGAUUAAGAGAGUUGUGGAGAGGCGUAGGAUACGCUGUUUUGGGGAACUUUUUAGAUAGAGAUGGAGACAGUUGAGACCCUAAGGACAGACUUUUAAUAACUCUCACCUUUCCUUCUCUCUUCUCUUUUAUUUACUUAAUUAUUAUUUUUUGUACAGUUUUCUUUUUCAUCUCUCUCUCUCUCUCUCUGUUCUCUUCUUUCAUGGUGGUUUUUGCUUACUAUCUCUCCACCACAUCCCCCUCCCAAUCUCUCACUUGUAGCUAUCCUUUCUUACUUUCUUUCAUCUGGGAUUUUUCAUUCCAGUUCCCCAAAAAAAAAAAAAAAAAAAAAAGUAAAUAAAUUUGGGUUUAUGGGUUUUUUUAGGGGGGCUUAUGGAAUCAUUGUUCGACAUUUGUAGGUUUCUAGUUGGUUCCUAUUGUAUUGUAUUUUGUAUGUUAUUCUCAUUCUUUUGAGUUAAAGAGAAUGAA